AUGUACUGCCCACUCACUUCAAUCGCUGGCAUCCUGCGUUCUACCUUGAGCACGGAGGCGUUGGCCGCGAAGGAUGCCACUGAGAAGGUGACGGAGUUCAACAUCAUAGACCAGGCGGUGCGCAACGUGGCGGAGCAGCUUUCUAGGUCGAGCAACUGGCACCGGCGAUUCGAGCACCUUCAGGAGUACAUUUGCGAAACCAACCUGGAGCUGCAGGGGAUCCACGACGUGCGAUGGCUCUCUAGAGGAGAGGCAGUCAAGCGGUUCGCCAAGGUUCUGCCGGCGACAAUCGUCCUGCUGCACGAUUUCAAGCACGCGCUAUGCGAAACGGUCACCUCUUUCAAAUUCCACUUCAUGCUUUUCUUCUUUGCAGACAUUCUUGCCGUGCUCAACGAGCUCAACACCAAGUUCCAGAAGCAGCAGGUUGACAUCACUGUGGUCGCGGGGGAGGUGUCACUCGCUUGCCGGACGAUCGAUGUGCGUUACGUGGACUGCGAGGAUCGUUUUGGCAACGAUCAGUCGCCCCUGCUCUGCGCGUUCCUGAAGAAACACGGCAACCCCGAGCACCGCGAAGUCACUGUCAAAGGCGUGGACCAGAACGGCGAAGCUGCAGAGCACGAGUUCGUGCUUCACGAGCGCAAGAUCCCAGGCCAUAAGACUGGCGGGGACUACUACUCCUGCAAGGCGGUGUGCCAGGAGUUUGCGAGGGUCUGCGUUGCGCGACUGGAGUUCCGCCUGGAAGACCUCAAGAACCUGGCCGGCUCCAAGCUUUUCCGGCCAUCGUGCUAUCCCGACGACAACGCGCAGCGGAUGAAGAAGUGCCGCGAGUGGUUGGGCAUGCUAGACCACAUGUUUCACCACCGCCUCUUUGCUGGCAUAGUGGCUGGAGGCCCUCCACCAGAUCCGAGCGGAAAGUCUGAAACAGUGGUCCCGCUUCUCCCAGUUAGCAGCGCGCCGAGUAACACCGCGGAUCCGAGCACUCCGACGUCUGCCGUCGUCACCAUGGCGACUUCUGAAGGCCCGCCAGUUUAUAACACUCUUAAUGAACCCGUUAUUGUCACCUUGAAACGAGACGUGUGGCGUGUGAUACACAAUCUCCGGAACGUGGUGUUGCCGAUGGGACGAGGCGAAGGGGCUCACAGCUCCAUCCGUGACUGGGACUUGUGGGGUCCCUUCUUCUUCAUCAUCUUCCUCGCCUUCAUCCUCUCAUCCUCAGCCUCGGAGAACAAGUCCAAAGUCUUUGCAGUGGUCUUCGGUGUCCUCUCCUCAGGGGCAAUCAUCCUCACUCUUAAUGUGCUCCUUCUGGGAGGGAGGAUCAUCUUCUUUCAGAGUCUCAGUGUGCUUGGAUGGUGCGCUGCUGUGCCCGCUUCCGCUGCUGUGCCCGCUUCCGCUGCUGUGCCCCCUUCCGCUGCUGUGCCCCCUUCCGCUGCUGUGCCCGCUUCCGCUGCUGUGCCCCCUUCCGCUGCUCUCUUCGCAUCAGUGGUCGCGAUUGGUUCAGCUGCCGUCUUCUCUCUGCCGUUUCUCCUGCCCACGGCCUUCGUGUUCUCGCCUCUCGUAGCGGUGAUUGCUGCGUACGGCUAUCUCAAGUCCCGCUCGCCACAGCAGAAUUUCCUGCAGGGCCCCAGCAGCAACGCGGGUAGGAGGCCAUGGCAGCCGUCCCCAGGUGUGCCACAGAAGCAUCUCCAACCAUCCGCAGGUGUGCCAGGAGCUGCUGGCAUUGCAGCCCCCGAGCCUCUGCAACCGACACAAGUUGCCCGUCUGCCAGAACCUCCCAGCACCAGCAUGGGCGUGCAGGGUCGGUCUGGCUUGCCUCCUGCAAGUGAGUCAGCAGCAGGCGGGGAAAGGGGACCGAGCAACAGGGCUGGUGGAUUCGGAGAGUCUCAGGCAAGGGAAAGGACCAACCUGGAUGUUGCUCGCCGAUUCCCCCCUCCUCAACUUGCCCCUCGUCAUGCAGCUUCCCAUGUAGGCCCCUCUCAUGCAGCCCCUUCUCAAGCUGCCUCUUCUCAAGCUGCCUCUUCUCAAACUGCCCCUCAUCAAGCUGCUCCUCAACUUGCCGCUCCUCAUGUGGCUCCGGCCCUCCCUACUUUCAUUCGAGCUCGUCCCUCAAGCCCGGAGUCUGUGCAUGUAGCAGGGUAUCCUAAAGCUAGGGCAGUGGCUGGGCUGGGUAGCUUGGAAGGAUCUGCAGUGGUGGCGGGAGCACCACGGCCGACGGUGAGAAUGAGGGUUCAGGCGAUUGACUAUGGUGGGGCUGAGGAGGAGCCGGCUGGAGGGAGAGGGACAAGGGUGGGAGGAUUAGAAGGGGUGGAGGAACAGCGGCAGGAGAGGGAGGAGGAUGAGGGAGAAGAGGAGGAAGAGGGGCCAACACUGGUGCUUCAUCACAUUCCGAAGGAGUUGACUGGCGCCGCACGUGUCCGGGGGGGCCAAGCAGGCGUGGCAGGAGAGAUUGGCGAGUCAGAGACGGCAGGAGAGACAGGUGCGACAGGUGGUGCAAGAGCAGAAGCGCCCGAAGCAAGCAAAGAGGAGAUGACAGCAGGCGUGGCAGGGCAGGAAGGCGAGAAACCCGAGGCAGAGGUGGAGGAGAAGCGUGUGGUGGAUGGGCAGGGUGGGGAGGGAUCAGAGGAGGAUCAAUUGUUGAUGGAGAAGGAAGUGCAAGAGGAGGGGGUGCGGGUUGCGAGUGAAAUCAAAAAACUUGAGAAGGUGCUAGCUGGACGCACAAUCCAGAGCCCUGGGUCUCCACGGGAGGAGGCUGAGCUGCUGUGUGGUCUUGUGGGGGUGACCCCCCCUCCUCCACUGUCCCCUCAGCCGAGGUUUCCCAGGCAGGCACGUGCGUCGAGGAAGCAGACUGUAGAAGGGCAGCUGUGGGAAGUGGGCCGUGCCAGCCAGCUGGUGGAAGCAACCAAGGAAGAGCUUGUGUCAUGCAGGGAGGACGUUUUGGACCGGCAUCUGGAAUUCCGCACGGCAGCACCCAGCGACCUGCAGCGCGUGCAUUCCCUGGAAGAGGCAGGAUACCCCACAGACGAAGCAGCCUCCCUCGACUCCCUCACCUACCGCAUCCACCAAGCCAGCUCGGUGUUUCUGGUGGCGACACUUGGCAGCGAGCUAGUGGGCUUCGUGUGUGGCACUCAGACAGCCAAGGACGAGCUGGACCAUGCCUCAAUGUUCACCCAUGACCCCCAAGGCAGGACCUUGUGCAUUCAUUCCGUGUGUGUGGGGCAAGAGUACCGUCGUCAGGGCAUUGCGACAAUGACAGCAAGGAGCAGGCACCUCAACUCGCUCCUGCUGAUGCUGCCACUGCUCGCCGUCGUAUUAGCUGGUAAAACGCCCCGCGGCAGUGCGGAGCAGCUGCUGCAGCAUGAUCACAGCGGACUCGAACCCAUGUCCACAGCGAUCAAACUGCGGGGAGGAGUGGCGAGCAGCGGCCGGCUCCUAGCAUCCUCAAAUUCCCCAGCCGAUGGAUCUUCUGCAGAUUCUUCCCCUUCCUCUCCAUCUCCUCGAGAUUCCCAAUUGUCACCACCUUCUCGGCCCUCCGCCGCCGCGGCCAUCGACUCCUUUUCCCGCUCUCCUUCCCGCUCCCCUUCCCGCUCCCCUUCCCCAGCCUCCCCCUGCUCCUCCCGCUGCCCCGGGGGCUCUGAGUUCGAGCCUGUCGCCUCGGGUCUGGUGGACGAUCUCCUGGGCAAAGUGCUGGUUCUCCUGGACGACGUGCCAGACACAGACGCAGGCACAGACACAGACGCAGACACAGGCACAGACGCAGACACAGGCACAGACGCAGACACAGGCGGGGCUGCACGGGACGGGGCUGGCGGGAAGGGUGAUAGACGGACUGGCGGUGGGGACAGUGGGGCUGGCGAGGAGAGUGGGGAGGACGAGGAUGAUAGGGAGCUUGGGAACGGGCGUGGUGGAGGUGAUUUGGAGGGGGUGGAGGAGGAGACUGAGAGGGAUAAUAGUUGGGCGGACGAGUUGAUGGGGCAGGGGCAGGGACAAGGGCAGGGGCAGGGACAAGGGAAGGGGCAGGGACAGGGGCAGGGGCAGGGGCAGGGACAGCGGCAGGGGCAGGGCAAAGGACGGGGGCAGGUGAAGAAGCGGAGUUGCAAAUGCGUGGAGCCGUUCCACGUGUCGCUGCGGUUCUCCAUCUGCUCCACCAACAUCACCCUCUCGUCCCUCCUCAACCCCGCCCUCUCCUCCCCACCCGGCCGCCCUGCCCCAGUUCCUCCAUCAUCCCCUUCGUCGUCCGGUCCCCCACCCGUGCCUGACAGGCAGGCGGCAGACACUGGCACCUUCUUCCCGUGGUUCAAACCCAAAGGGCGCACAGACCCGCCCCGGUCACAGCUAGACGAGAACGACAAUGAUCAGAGCGUUUCUUAUCAGAGCGACAGGCAGGGCAGGGCAGGGCAGCAAGGGGGUGAUGCAGCAGGGCGGGGCAGUGCUCCCCCGGCAGCCAUGCCCCUCGACCUACCAGAGCUUGAAUCCCACUGCCUGCCGCUGCUGCCCCCCCCCUCCCCGCCCCUCGCCACUCCUCCCUCGCGAAACCCACCUGCCACUGAAGCAUUGCGGAAUGCGACAACAGCAGCAGUGGCGACGCUGUUCGCGCCGCCAGCCCUCGCCCGCUUCGCAGGUAGCCUCAUGGUGCUGCUGGCGUGCAGCAACGCCGGCACCGCCGUGGCCGUCACUCCCGGCAACCUCACAAGCGUGGAUCUCGCGAUCUAUCCCCGCCCCGGCUUCGAAAGUUUCCUACCCGAGGAGGAAGAGCAGCUCAAAACGCAUCUGGAAGCCAUCGGCCGGGGCGUGUUUAACCUGGAUGUGGGGCCGCGGGGUGAUGGCGUGGUGCGGAACGGUACUGGUGGGUAUGGGAGAGGGGGAAAGGGUCAGGGAAGGGGGAGUGGCAGUAAUGGUCGUGUUCUUCCCGGUUGUUCUUGGGCAGAGAAGAUGCCCGUCGGCCCUUCUCUCUUUGGGGUGUUCUUUGAAGUGGCUGAUGUUACGGUGCCCAACACAACCACCAGCAGCAGCAGCAACAACGUCACUGGCAACAACAUUGCCGUUACCAACGACCCUGCUGCUGCUACAGCUGGAACAUCCCCUGAGGACGGCUGGCCUGUCCCAAGUGCAGAUUCUUUCAGUAGCAACGGCAGCAGCAGCGCCACGAGCACUGCUGAUUCUACUGCUCCUGCUGGCCUCGCCACCCCUCUCAUCGUAGCCAUUGCUCUCGCUGCAGCUGCUGCUGCUGCCACUGCUGCCAUUGCUGCUGUCCUGCUCUUCUGCCCCUCCUGCUGCUGCGGCGGCAGGAGGAAGCACCGCAGGAGUGACAGCGCGAGCAGCGGCAGUGGCAAGGGUGGGGGGAAGCUGUUUGCAGCGAAUCUGCGGGUGUUUGGAGGGAAGGGGCUCGAUGGAGGGAUGGUGAAGCUGAAUGGCUUCCGCAAGGCGCUUGGAAGCAAAGCCUUUGCUCGCCUCGUCCCCGACCCAGAAGCCAUCCUCGCUACAGGCGCACUCGACAUAAGCUACACUGCCAUCGAGGCCGCCACGCACCGCUUCAGCGAGAAGAACCUUCUGGGAAGGGGCACGUUCGGGCGUGUGUAUAAAGCCACUCUACCCAAUGGGCUGAGGCUCGCUAUCAAGAGGCUCGACCUGUUCGUUGCUGGGGGGGAUGUGGGGCGAGGAGGAGGAGGAGGGAGAGGGGGAGGAGGGAGUGGGGGCCAAGCAGGGGUGUCCAGGGAAGCUGCGAGGAAACUGUUCGUGCAGCAGGUGGAGGCGUUAUCUCUCAUGCGCUGUCCCCACGUGGUCCCACUGCUUGGCUACUCCACAGAUGGCGUCAGUGCCGUUCUGGCAUAUGAGUUUGUGCCCAACGGCAGUUUGCACGACCACCUACAUGGCUCAGGGCGGCUGGACUGGGCGCACAGAGUGAAGAUCGCCGUGGCAGUAGCCAGAGGCCUGCAGAGCCUGCAUCACCGCCUCGUGCCCAUCGGCCCCGCCUCGCCCCUCUCCCACCCCCAUGAAGCCACUGCCUCCCGGGACCCUUCCCACGUGCAGCACCCAGGAGCAGCAACCGGCCAAUCAGCGUCAUCUACCUCACCUUACACCACAAACCCCGACUACAGCUCCAAUCCCACUGCCCGCCUCAACCCCACUAACGCCUCCUCUGACUCGCUACAGACUGGUGUUAACGGUACCAGUGCUGCCAACGGUGGCAGUGGUGCCUAUGCCUCCCCCCACAGCUCCCUGCCGUCGUCCCUCAGCGGCUCCCCCCACAAGCUGGACACCCUGCAGGAGAGCCCGCUGGAGGGGGAAGGGGAGGGGGAGGGGGAGGGGUAUGGGGAAGGGGAGGAGGAGUUUCUCGUUUCUGUGAGUCAGCGGGAUGGGCUGAGUGACAGUGAUAGCUACAGCAGCAGUGGGGAGUUUGAGAGCGGGAUGGGGAGUGGUGUUGGUGGGGUGGGGAUGGAUGGGGAGGAGGGGGAGGGCGAUGGCAGUGGGGGAAAGGAAGAGGUGGUGGUGAGGGACGGGCGGCGGUGGGUGCGGGCAGUGCAUGCGAACCUCAAGAGCGCCAACGUGCUGCUUGACAACUCGGGGAACGCCAAGGUGACGGACUACUGUCUCUCUCGCCUGGCGGAGGAUGCUCUUCCCACCAGGCGGGGCGGCAGGGCCACGGGCACCUUUGGGUACCUCGCUCCAGAAGGGGUAUUGUUCGGUGUGAACACGCAGCGCAGUGACGUGUACAGCUUUGGAGUGAUCCUGCUGGAGCUCAUCACGGGGCGGCGCCCCAUCGACCUCUCUAAACGACCCGAUGAACAAUCUCUCGUCUCGUGGGCUGUGCCGCUCAUCGACAGGGAUGAGACGCUUGCCAUCGCUGACCCCGCCUUGCGGAACCGCUUUCCACCAACUAGCUUCCACCACCUGGCCACUGUUGCCGCCGUGUGCGUGCAAUCCGAGCCGUCCUUCCGGCCAACAAUGGCGCAGGUCCUUGGAUCGCUGGUCCCUCUCAUUGACCUUGCCGAACAGUGGAAGAGCCAGGGAAAGCCACAUGCCGGGCCCCUCAAGUCUGCUUCUCCACCCUCAUCCGGUUUGACUGAGAAUGCAGAGGGGCUGAGUGGCGUGGUGGACAAGUGGGGCUGGACCGCCAUGCAUGUGGCUGCUCGGAAUGGUGACUCCCCCGUGGUCAGUCUCACCUGCCUCCCCGCCUGCACCCAUGCAGCACAGCCAUGCACCAGCUCUCACCCAUGCAGCACAGCCAUGCACCAGCUCUCACCCAUGCAGCACAGCCAUGCACCAGCUCUCACCCAUGCAGCACAGCCAUGCACCAGCUCUCACCCAUGCAGCACAGCCAUGCACCAGCUCUCACCCAUGCAGCACAGCCAUGCACCAGCUCUCACCCAUGCAGCACAGCCAUGCACCAGCUCUCACCCAUGCAGCACAGCCAUGCACCAGCUCUCACCCAUGCAGCACAGCCAUGCACCAGCUCUCACCCAUGCAGCACAGCCAUGCACCAGCUCUCACCCAUGCAGCACAGCCAUGCACCAGCUCUCACCCAUGCAGCACAGCCAUGCACCAGCUCUCACCCAUGCAGCACAGCCAUGCACCAGCUCUCACCCAUGCAGCACAGCCAUGCACCAGCUCUCACCCAUGCAGCACAGCCAUGCACCAGCUCUCACCCAUGCAGCACAGCCAUGCACCAGCUCUCACCCAUGCAGCACAGCCAUGCACCAGCUCUCACCCAUGCAGCACAGCCAUGCACCAGCUCUCACCCAUGCAGCACAGCCAUGCACCAGCUCUCACCCAUGCAGCACAGCCAUGCACCAGCUCUCACCCAUGCAGCACAGCCAUGCACCAGCUCUCACCCAUGCAGCACAGCCAUGCACCAGCUCUCACCCAUGCAGCACAGCCAUGCACCAGCUCUCACCCAUGCAGCACAGCCAUGCACCAGCUCUCACCCAUGCAGCACAGCCAUGCACCAGCUCUCACCCAUGCAGCACAGCCAUGCACCAGCUCUCACCCAUGCAGCACAGCCAUGCACCAGCUCUCACCCAUGCAGCACAGCCAUGCACCAGCUCUCACCCAUGCAGCACAGCCAUGCACCAGCUCUCACCCAUGCAGCACAGCCAUGCAGCCCGCUCAACACUCUCUGAACCCACCGUCCAUCACGCGCAUGGACCGCACUCACCCUGCUGCCCGCUUCUCUCCCUCCCCGCCGUUCUCCCAUGCAUGUGCCUGCAGCUGCAGGCGCUGUUGCGCAUGGGCAUGCCAGCGGGGGUGUGCAGCACGCGCAACGCCACCACGCCACUGCACGUGGCGGCGUAUGGCGGCCACGUGGACUGCAUGUGCCUGCUGGCGGCUGUGCGUGCCUGGCGGCUUGACCAAGCAGCAGUGGGAGGCAGUGAGAUGACUUGCACACCAGGGAAUAGAGCCAGCAGAGGUAGAAGCAGCGGGGGCCAACCCCAAGGCGGUUCAGAUAGUGUGGGAGGAGCAUGCGCGGCGGGCAGGCCAAGGAGGGGAGAGGGGGCAUGGGUUUUGGAAGGAUGGUGUGGCAGAACACAAGGAGGACAGGGUGCUGAGCAGUGGGAAGGGGCGGGAGGGGGGGGUUAUAGAGCCGCUCCCAGGGCAGUGGGGAAGGUGAGAGGAGAGCCGUACACCAACUGCACCGCUCUGAACCCAUUUGUGCAGUGGAAUCUGCAGCCGCUACUACCAGCCACUCCCCCCUCCUUCACCCUCACCUCACCACCCCCACCCGCCUUCACGCCGCCAUACGCCCUCUCGUCCAUCUGCUUGUGGACGUCCCUCUCCGCCAUCGCACCUGGUCGCACACAAGCAACAGCCCUCCUGCCACUGCCGCCACACACAAAGCCUGCUGAUGCAGAUGCUGGCAGUGGAGGCGAGAAGGCAGUGGGGGGCGCAGUUGGUUCGAGUCAGGGCGUGCAGGGGGAGUGGGCAGUGGCGGGGUAUGAGGCGAUGCGUGUGGUGCAGGUGGGGGGUGGGUGGCGCCAGGGCAGCUAUGGCCUGCCCUCCUCCCUCGCUGCCUCUGCUGCACCUGCUGUGUCUGGAAGGCAAGGAAAGGGGAUGGGGGGAAGCAGGGAAGGGGAUGGGGGGAAGCUGGGAAGGGGAUGGGGGGAAGAAGGGGAGGGGAUGGGGGGAAGCAGGGAAGGGGAUGGGGGGAAGCAGGGAAGGAGGGGUAGCACCGGGGGGAAAGGAGGAGAAGCAGGGGGGGAUAGGAGGGGUAGCACCGGGUGGCGCGUGAUGCCUACAGCGGGGCGCACUCAGCUGCUUGCGGUGUGCGCGCUGCUUACAGCUGGGUGCGCGCCCCUUGAAGGGAGGACUCCGCAUCGCGUGAUCCAAAUAGACAUCGGCCACCCGCCGGCCGUCCGCAAGAAAUCCACCGUCUGGCCGUCAGAAAAUCCGCUGGAAGACACGCUGUCAUGGGGCUGGCAGAAGGCGGCGGAAACCGAAGGCGGAAGCGGCGGCGGUGGCGGCGGCGGCGGCGACGCGGCGGAGAACUGCUUCAUCAACACGCUGGUGGUGGGGGCGACGACGUGUCGCGGCGACGGGCGCGGCGACGAGGAGGAGGUGAACGGGAAGCCGAACCUGGUGAUGAUCCACGGGUACGCCGCCGCGUUGGGGUUCUUCUUUCGUAACUACGACGCGCUCGCGGAGCACUUCAAUGUCUACUCCAUCGACCAGCUCGGGUGGGGAGCUUCCAGUCGCCCCACAUUCACACCAGCUUCUCCUGAAGAGGCGGAGACAUGGUUCGUGGAGGCACUGGAGGCGUGGCGCAAGGAGAUGGGGCUGCGACGCUUCGUGCUGCUCGGCCACUCCUUUGGAGGCUUCGUCGCCUCUAGAUAUGCGCUCAAGUACCCUUCAAGGGUGCGGCAUCUGGUGCUGGUGGGCCCAGCGGGCUUCAGCCACGAGUCGGCCAAAAUGCAGCACUUCCGCUCCACGUGGAAGGGCUUUGUCUUCCAGUGCUACUGGGACACCAACAUCCCACCGCAGCAGUUCAUUCGGUGGCUGGGACCAUGGAGUCGGGACAUAGUGAAGACUGCCACAACACAGCGAUGGUCCGACCUGCCACCACCACAAGAGAACAUGACUCCCGAGCAAGUGGACGCCUUCUGUGACUACAUAUACCAGACGCUAUCAGCGCCCAUGAGUGGCGAGCAGUGCAUGACGCUCAUCUUCUCCCUGGGGGCCUUCGCUCGCCGUCCACUCAUAGAUAGUGCGGUGCACUGGAAGGCGCCGACAACGUUCAUCUACGGAGAGCAGGACAUCAUGGACCAUCGGGCAGGGCUGGCAGCUGCCAAGCAGAUGCCCGUGCCAGCAGAGGUGUUCAACGUGCGAGAGGUUGGCCAUAUGCUAUUUUUGGAAAAGCCUACCAUUUUCAGGGACGCCAUCCUGUAUGCGUGCCGAGACAUUCUCCCUGCGAGCUGCUCCACAGUGGAUGCGGCCUGGAAGCAUGUGGAACCUCACCAUAUCCCCCUCACCACCUGCCACAAGAUUCACCUGGAUAUGACAUCAACGGUUCUGAUCGCGCCUCAAGGGAACAGUGGUGUGAGAAGAUUAGCCAGCGGCUGGGGGAUUGGUUGA